AUGGCGGCAAGAAUCGGCAAUCUUCGCUUGCCCGUUGUGGUAAUUCUGGGCUCUACGGGAACAGGAAAAUCGAAAUUGGCGAUCGAAAUUGGGAAAAGAUUCGGUGGUGAAAUCCUUAGCGCCGACUCCAUGCAAGUUUACAAGGGUCUAGACAUUUUAACAAACAAAGUUAGCACUGAAGAACUUUUGGAGUGUCCUCACCACUUGAUCGAUUUCGUGUCGGCGCCGAAGGAAUUUUCAGUUGUAGAAUUCAGAAACAUGGCCAUACCGUUGAUUGAUGACAUCAGGAAGAGAGGGAAAAUUCCUAUAAUGGCAGGAGGCACAAAUUAUUACAUUGAAUCUGUUUUGUGGGAUAUGUUGAUUGACGAUGCAUGCAAUCAACCUGAUGGUACUUCUGGUAGCUCAUCCAGCGAUGAGGAUGAAUCAGAGGGGCCUAGAAUAGCAAUCAAAAGGCGAAAGGAUAUUCAACUUUUGGAAGGUGCAUCUUCUGUUCGGGUGAUUUGUGAGAAAGGAAUGUGCGAUGAAGGCAAGAAAUCCAGCCAGUCUGAUCAAAUGUCUCGCCAUGAUGAGCCAAUAGGACAGAUUUGUAAUUGUAAGAGCAAAAGUUAUGAACCCAGUCUCUAUGAAAGACUCAGGGAGGUUGAUCCUGUUAUGGCAGAUCGUCUCCACCCAAGGGAUUCCAGAAAAAUUGCUCGCAGUCUUCAGGUUUAUGAACAGCAUGGCAAACAGCACAGUCAGCUUCUGAGAGAGCAGCAGCAGAAAAACGGUGGCAGUGCUCAUGGUGGACCAUUGAGAUAUGAUGACAUAUGUGUGUUCUGGUUACAGUGUGAGAGAGAUGUUUUAAAUAAACGAUUAGAUGAAAGAGUCGAUGAAAUGCUGGAAAGAGGCUUGAUUAAUGAGCUGUUAAAUUUCCACAGGGAAUAUAACUCUGUUUGUGGGAAAAAAGAAACCACAGUGAAAUACACGGAAGGCAUUUUUCAGUCAAUUGGCCUUAGAGAUUUCCAUGAGUUUCUUGUCAAGCAGGAGGGAAAGAUGUUUGAUGAAUCUAAAGCCUCUGACAGAGAUAAAGCUCUUUUAUCUCUAUGUGUUGAAAGUAUGAAAUCUACUACCCGCAGAUAUGCUAAAAAGCAAAUGACAUGGGUGAAGAACCGAUUUUUGGCACGCCCACAGUCCUCUGCUCCUGAUGUGUAUGGUCUUGAUGUCACUGAUCUUGAAACCUGGGAGGGCAAUGUUCUUAAAAAUGCAUUAGAUGUUUUGGAUAAGUUAACGAAAGGGGAAAAACCUUUAUAUGAACCUCUUUCGAGGGUGAUUGUCACAGAUGACAGGCAUGCAAGGCACGUAUGUGAGAUCUGUGAUAACCGUGUUAUUCUUGGGGAAGAGAACUGGAGCAGACAUGUGAGAUCAAAGAAACAUAAGUGGCAUUUGAAAAGAGAGCUGAGAAACAGAAAAUCAAAUCUUGAUGUAGCUUAGAUUUAAAAUAAGGUGUGUUGAGAGUAUAAAGUGACCGCAGUUUGUUUAAUGGGCCUUUUGCUGCUAGACAGUCAUGGGUACAAAAACACCUUGCUAGGACGCUAACAAUGCAAUGGGGCAAGAAAAACCAAGGAGUUGCUUAUAAUUAAAAAUGGUAAUUCGUUUCUUUUGGAGGUCCCACUGCACCAUCAGGGUGUUUGUGUUCCAUAUGAAUUUUAAGCUACAAGGAACCAUUGGUCUGGACCUUGCUAUGAUGCUGCAUUUGCCUCGUUGGGCACAUAAUGCACCUGUUAUGCAGGCUACUCUCUUUAAACUUAGCUAGCUCUUUAUCAGAACCACUUAGGAAAAUUCACAGAACAUUCAUUGGUGCCUUUUAAGUAUUAUAUACAGUAUUUGCACUCAAAUGCACCAUUUUUGCAAAGAAAACCCAAGGAGCUUUUCUUCCAAUUCACGUAUUCUUUUCACUCAAAUAUGCACAUAAGACUCAUUGCUUAUCUUAAACUUUGGUAGCCAUGUACUAUUAUUUUAAUAGAUGUAACAAGGAGAAAAUUUUUAGAACUAAGUGUUUAUCUGUGUUAUGUUCUGAAAUAGUAAAAAAUUAACAUUCCUUUUGUUAAUAAAUAAACAAAAAAAUGAUAAUAUUGAUAAUAAUAAGAAACAAAACAAACAUAAAAAAAGAAAUAAGCAACAAUUUCUGGACAAGGCUGAGCAAAAUAUCGUGAUUUGUCAGUGGCGAGUAGAUGAUCUGCGUGACACUGACAAAUCAUGGCACUGUGCAAUAACCCAGCUCAAUAAUAAUUGUUUAAUCGCUUGGUCACCGAGUUUGUUUUUUUAUCGAUAUCUUCAGGAAGCAAAGCGACCUGCCAUUUUCACGCAAAAAGGAGAAAAGCGUGGUUUCAUUUACAAAUGAAUAGAAUAUUAUUUUUAGCUGUUGCGGUUCAAUUUAUCCUUGGUUUAAUUUUUAUUUUUUAUUGUUUUAUGGUAUGUUAAUGUAUGAUAAAUAUGAAAUUAAAACAAAAGAAGAUAAAAAAUAAACCAAGCAUGAAAUUGAACCAUGACAUAGCCAAACACAGUUGGAUGACAUUGCACAUGAGCAGACCAUUAUUUGGAGGCAGUUAUUUGUAGGUCAUAUGGUGGGCUCUCGGCCAAUGAGAGGAAGAAAAAUUUGCAUUGGAUGAUAAAUAUUAUUAUGUACCACUAGUCAUUGUCAGGAAUGGCCAUAUCUAUGCCAUUUCUCCCGGAUUAUCCGGGAGUCUUCCAGAUAUGGCACCCAUCUCCCACUUUAUUGAACAUGUAACCAUAUCUCCCAGAUAAAAUUGGCUUUUGGGUUUUUGUGUUCUUUAACUUGGAAUAUGGCCCAUUUUUCUCAGAAUUCAAUUUUUUUUAUUAUUCUUGGUAGGUUUCUGGGGCAGUUUUGCAGAAAUUUCAUCACUCACAAAGAUUAUUUGUCAUUACCAGAUUAUAUAGCCUGUGUUGCAGACAUAAUCUAAUCCUGAUUUCUAACAUUGAUGUCCUUGCUCUGGGCCCCAAUGGACUCAAUGAAUUACCGGAAAUACAUUUUUAGUUUCCUGUCAACCUGAUUGGCAAAUUAUUGACAACAUUUUCAACAGGCCAAUCAUGACACAGACUCAAAUUCUGGUACACAGGUGGUGGCCCAGAACAAGGACUUAACACACAUGGAUGAAAUUAACUAGAAGUUUAGUUCCAUCAGUGGAGCAGGCUGCAGAUUACAAUGAUAAAAGCGACUUUCGAUAGCAUGUGGCUCAUGUAAAACUUCAUAUAAUGUCUUAACCCUUUGCGUCGCAUGAGUGACCAACAUAAAUUUUGUGUGCGUGUGUUGGGGGGCUCCCAUCAGUAUUCUAAUAAAGUGGGCAUUAAAGCAAAAGAGAGGGUCUCCAGUUUUUAGAUCUCCAGAGGUAUGUUGGCAUAUGCAUAUAAGAAUAAUGUAAUAGAAGAUUUAAGUCUUAAGACAGAGCUGAAUAGCACCCUUUCUUCUUCUUCAAAGUCCAAAUAUCCCAACAUCCCCUACCAUACCAUUCCUUGCUUCCCUCUCUGUUUUUAGUCCUACAUUUUCAUACUUAACAUCUAUGGUAUGAAAGAAACUCUGAAAAAAUCUGCAGCGUGGUUACGCUGGGUACCAGAUGUUUUCUCUCGCGUGCGACUUGGGGCUUAGCACAUGAAAAUAGCCUCUGCACAGGGCCAACUCUCGUUUUGCGCCUUCUCGGCUUGGUCAGCGGCAUCGUUAUUGUGAUGAAAUUUAAAAUGGCGGCGGCAGCAGUGAAAUUUGUUUGGUUAGAAACAAUUCGUAACGCGAGAAAAACAAGCCUUGUUCAAGACGGUAAGAAGUGAAUAGUUCAUUUUUAUGUUCACAUAGUUAAACAGAUGCUUUGCUUGGUAUAAACCUUUUCUAAGCUGGCAGAACUACAAUAGUUUAUAAGACGAAGGAAAAAGUUAUCCCUCCCUCCCGGUGUUUUGAAUAUUCAGCUGCUUUAUUUGCAUCGUAGUUUUCAGGCGUAGCAGUAUUCACGAAUUCAGUUGAGUGCGAUGUUUAGUAGCGUCUUGUUGAAUGUAUGCAAUGGAACAAUAAUAAAAAAGUAGUGUUGCUGUUUUCUUGAUCAAGAAUUGAGUUGGCACUGUACAUGUAGCUAUUUUUAUCUCUUUUUAUACGUACUAGGCCGUCGGAAAGUACAUUACACUUUCCCUGAUGAAGCAGAGAUGAUUGAAGAGUAUGAUGUAUCCUCUGGAGAACUUUUAGGUCAGAAAAUUAGAAAUAAACUUGUGCUGUUAGCUUUUACAGGUCUUUUGGUAUUGAAUUACAGUGCAAUGACUUUUCUCAACAUCUGCACCUACAUCAAUAAAUUGCAAAAUCGUUAAGGGGACAUGUGGCACGAAUGAAUAAAUUAAUAAACAAUCAAUCAAAACUCACAGUUAAAAGACAGUGGGUUUACAUUCAGCCAGAUUAAGUCAAAAAGCACUUGUUGCAAGCUUAAAAUUGUCAGUUGAAUCAAUGUCUAAAAUAAUUAUUAGGUGGUAGAGAGUUCCAGUCAUUAAUUUUUCUUAGCCAGAAACUUAAUUUGUAAGCUCACGUGAAGUUUGGACAGGGAUGAAUUUAAGCGGAUGAAAAUUUCGAGUUGUCAAGCUGGACUUGUUUUGAACUUGGGUUAGAAUGGUGAUUGCACUUCUGUUAUGCACAGGCAGCCCAAGCUCACUUUAGUAUACAACAGGUGAUUAUAAACAAGUAUGAGGUGUUGUGUUACAAAGUUGUUCAACGGAAGGAUUGUAUGGGCUUGCAAGAAUAUGUGAGAUGUUGUGUUGCGAUGGUGGGUUCAAAGAAUAUUAUUGUAAAGGUUUGCAUGGGAUUGCGACUGAUUUAAUUUUAAAAGGAACUGAACUUAAUUUUUAAAGUAACUGAACUCGAACUCAUUCCCAGUGCUAAGCUGCUAGGUCUCGAAAUUGACUCUGAACUGUCAUUUACUUUCCAUGUAGAGAAACUUUGUAAAAAGCUGUCUCUGCGAAUUGGCGUGUUAAAAAAGAUAAGAUCUUGCCUGCCCACGAAACAAAGGCUAUUAUAUUAUAAUACUAUGAUAAGAUCUGUAUUGCAUUAUGUCAGUUCAAUCUGGACUAGUUGUGAUAAGGAGAAUUUAAGCCGUGUUUUUAAGCUACAAAAGAGAGCAGCAAGGGUAAUUUCCGACCAGGCUUAUAACCAGGCGUCUAGUGUUAAGCUUUUUAAUAGUCUGCAGUCUGUGGCUUCCUUUUUAUGAAGAAGUGAAAAUAGCUAAAUGUUGUGUGGCAUAUAAACGCAGCUGUCCAGCUUUCUAAACCAAAAGUUGUCAUUGAUCGUCAUUGUAAACCACCGUUGUCAUUGAUUUGAAUCGGUACUCACAAUAUCACAUAAUUUGCAUAAACAGAAAGGUUACCAAGGUUACAAAUCCAAUCUCAGAUUUCACUUUCCUUUCAGUCGCAAAAUUGGGCAAAUCUAGAAUCAAAAAUCCAUUUUUUGAUUUGGCGAAAGCAAUGGCUUGUCUUCAGGGGAGUUGAGUAACAGUUCCAAGUUUUUUUUAUUGUUCUGUGCAAAAUGAAUCUUUUAUCCCCUUUUCCCUUACAAAAGCCUUUAGGUAACUGACUGCAGAAAGCAAUGCAAUCUCCUUUAACAUCCAUGGAUACUUAUGUGUAGUGCUGUCUGUCUUAUACAUCUAUAUAUUUGUAUAUUAUUUGGGAGUAAGCGAUGGCACUGGCGAGAACAUUCGCCUCCCACUAAUGUGACCCUGGUUCAAAUCUGGGCAUCGACACCAUCACCAUGUGGGUUGCUCUUGUUGAUGGUUCUCUUCUUUUCUCCAAGAGGGUUUUCUCUGGGUUCUGUGGUUUUCCCCUCUCCUCAAAAACCAACAUUUCCUUAUUUCCAAUUCAACCACGAAAACUGCUUUGUGCAUGUGCUACUUGUACAUGUACCUCUACUUGUUCUUCUUAUCAUUGAUUAUUAUAUAGAGAGGUAUUUAAAUACAUGUACUGAAGGAAUAUGGUGGCCCACAGGGGACAUGCUGCAAAGAAAAACGUCACUGCAAAUUAAAUAAAGUUGCUGCAACCACAAAAACCACAUUGGGAGUCCGUGCAGGUCUGUCUUUGACUUCCGUUUAACUAUACUGAGUCCUCCUCGUCCCAUCAGUGCGUUCGCAUACUUUCCUGUCACUUAAUUCGCAGCAACUGCUUUUAUUGCAGGAACUAUUUUUUUUAUUUACUGCAAUAAUGUUAUGUUUGCAGCAGCGAUUUUUAUUUAAAUUACAACAAUUAUUUUUUUAUUUGCAGCAUGUCCCCUGUGGGCCACCGCAAAAGGAGUACCUCUUCAGUACAAUUUAUGAAUGAUGUACAUGUACAUUAUUGAAUAACAAUGUGUGUCAUCUAUUUUUGUUUUUCUUUGUUUCAGUAAGAAAAUGGAAAAGUAAAUCUGGACUUGGAAAGGAGGGGAAAUGGGAAUUUGAGAUAGGUGAAGACAUGAGACCAGUCAACCUUGAUUUGGAGAAUAUUACAGAGAGCAGAGGAAAUGUGAGUGGGAGCUUGACCCAACCUGAAGGCUGUCGGUCAUGGAUGCAUUUUUGUGUCAGAUAUAUACCCAAUUUUUUUACUGUCGGAGGAUUGAAACUUGUUCAUUUGUAUAGUAGUCUAUCCACCCAAGAAAUUUCGGUAGCCACCUGACCAUACAUUGGCACCACAGGGAAACCAAUGUAAAAUGUCACUUUUUCUCGCUAGUCUGAGAGCCUGGACCUGAUAUUGCAUAUCCAUGUUGUGGUCAAUUGAGCUGUCAAAAAAGGUUAUCUGCUGACCAGUAUCACAUGAUAAUGUCAUUCUCCCAUGACAAGUUACCAGUUUCUAACUGAUCGCACGCUCAUCUCCAAGUGGAUUUCUUUGCAAUGGUUACAAUUUUAUUGUUUGAAGUCAAUUAUAAAUUAAUUAAUGGGAGAUUUGCCCCAAGCCUUUGCUAAAUCUAUAAAGUUAUAUUAGAUAAAUGCCAUCAUUUAAAGAUGGUGGCAUGGCAGCUCAGUUGUCUUGGCUGCGCAUGAUGAGAAAAGAUUAAAAUAUACUGGCAAACAGUGUACACUAGCAGUGUGCAAAGAAAGUGGUGUCCGAUAGCCCGGGGCUAGUGGAUUUUGCUAUCGGGCUAGUGAAUUCUGUUUUUAACUUGCCCGACGGGCAAGUGAUUUUUCUUGAGGAAUUUGAGUAAAAGAAGAACUCUAAGAUCAAUUCUGCUCUUCAAAAAGCUUUUGGGGCUAGUUGAAAUGACGUCUGGGCUAGUAAAUGUUAGCUUCAGCUUGCCCGAAUGGCAAGCUGUAAAAAUGAUUUUCUUUGCACCCUGACUAGUCAUGAUGAUGUGGAAAGGUGAUAAUUUGCUGAGGUGAUAAUUAAUUGCUCUCUUUUGUAACUUCUCAGCCAAUCUUUACAAGAAAGGACAGCACUAAAGCAUUCCAAUGGAGAAUAAGAAAUCUUCCAUAUCCACUGAAUGUGUACAGUGUGACAGUAAAUGAAGAUGAGAACUCCAUCACUGUCAGAACAAGCAAUAAAAAGUAGGUAAAGUAGUCAUGCAGAGCUAAAUGAUAUUAAAAUGUUUGUAAUGUGCUGGUACAAUGUAACUAAUUGAAAAUUAUAUUUUAAAUCCCGUUACAUAACCACUUAACCCUUUAAGCCCUAAGAGUGAUCAGUAUCAAAUUUCUCCUUGUAAUGUCAAUGCUUUGUAAAACAGAGUGGUCAUGAGAAUUACAGACAUGACACACAAGAUGAAUUUUCUUGAUAUUUUAUCAACUUCUCCCCACUACUUCUGUAGGAAAUGAAUAGAGGCAACAAAUGAGAAUUCAAACUUUGAUCUUAGGGUUUAAAGGGUUAAAAGAAGGUAGGCUGCAAGAGCCAAACAAAAGCUGAAAAAGUUGUCUUCCGUCUAAUAUACAUUAAAGAAGCUGAAGCCCGUUUCAAACAUAGAACUUGUGCUGAAUGAUGCUAAUGAGUAAGAAAAAUACUAGCCUGCCACGCAGGCUAGAGGAAUACAUGUACAUUCUGCAACUCUUCCUUAUUAGCGUUAAAUUUGGCUAAUGUACACUGUACAUGUAAUGUUCAACAUUUGAAUUGUGCAUUAGGUCAAUGUUGAACUUCAAACUUCACAUAAGACGAACCAGAUACUAAAAAGUAAAAUAUUGGAUUUUUUUGUCAUUAGCUGGAGAAGUGAGCUAUAAAGAGCACCCUCUUUGUUGUAUAUGUUGCAGUUAAUUUUUUAUUUCAGGUAAUUUUUGUUUUAAUUUCCUUUGUUUCAAAUUCAUUAGCAUAUAUUACCAUACCUAAAAACUAUGGAAAAACAAAAAUACACUGAAAUAAAAAAUUACCUGCAAUGUAAUACAUGUGCUAUUUUCUGGCUCUAUAGAAAGCAACAAUGGUACAGCUUUAUGUCCCAAAAAUACAUUUUGUAUUUCUCUCAAUCUUUUCUAUUUAAUUCAAGUAAUCCUGAGCCUUCUAGGAAUGAAAUAAAUUCCUUUUUCUAAAAGGAAAACUGUUUGUCUUUUAUUUGCAGAUAUUUUAAAAGAUUUAGCAUUCCAGAUAUGGAUAGAGCAAAGCUGAAGUUAGAGCAGAGUGCAAUUUCUGCAGCUCAUGCAAAUAACACUCUUAUCAUAACGGUAAGUCUGCUUAAAGCAUUUUGAUAAAUGAAUAAUCCUCAACGUACAGUUUCUUUCGACCAUAAAGCUUUUACUUGUACACAGAAUUAUGCUCAUGUCCACAAACCAAACUGUACAAUUUAUAUCACCAGGCAAAUUAUAAUACCUCAUUAUAAAAUAGAAUUAAACCCGUGUCAGCAAUAAAUAGGCAUGGGGAAUGGUGCCUGACAAAGAUGGAGCCAAUAAACAAACCCAGCCCCAUGAGUAAGGUAUAUUUAUAUUAAAAACUUGAGCUCUCUAGAUGAGCCCUUUAGGUUCUUAGAGCAAAUGUUGUAAUAAAUAUUGUUUAUAAAAAAAUUAAAAAAUAAUUUGAAUAAUCUUCUGAAUACACUUGUUAUACAACAAAGUCAUUUCAACCUUCCUAAAUAAGGUUGUGCAGUUGAUGUGUAAUGAGUUAAAAUAAAUCAAAGUACAGUAGACCCUCUCUUAAUGGACACCUCUAUAAGACGAACACCUCCCUAAAACGGACACCUAGAGUUGGUCCCUGCCUUUCUUUACUCCCUUUAUUUGACUCUCUAUAAGACGGACAUCUCUCUAAGACAGACACUUACUGCCAGUCCCAAAGGUGUCUGUCUUAGAGGGAGUUGAUUUUAUGCGCUUAUUAAGUCCUUCAAGCUUUUCACUGUUGUGUCUGCCACAAAAAUGCCAUACUGAAGUAUAAUAAUCUUUACUAAACAACUAGAUUGGUUGAGGAUUUAAAACGGAUUUGAUCUCCAGAACAGAACUGCACAACAUGGCCGAAACUCACACAUUAAUAGCUAUGCACGCAUGCCUAGGGAAAUACGGCUGAUCAUUACAACUUUUCCCUAAAAAGAAAAAUAAACAAAGAUACAAACAACACAAAGAAAAAGAGUUUCUAAAGAGAACAAUCAAGCAUCCCACAAAUGCUAUGUGAGAAAACUGAAACAGUUAAUGUUCACAAAUUCUUGUCCUCGAAUCAUAAUGGUCGUCCGUGAGAGGUGAGAACGGUUGAUAUUUAAUGUUCACAAAAUCAAAUGUUAAACAUAGUCCUUAAAUCGUAAUGGCCUCCGUAUGACCCUUCCACUCCUAUUUUUGUAUUGUUCUGACAUCUCCAUAGAGCCAUCGCCUGAAUGAUUUCUCUCUUGCUCUUGGGAUGCUGAGACAGGUUCCACUACUGGGUUUGCUUAACUGACUUGUUCCUUGCAAGGUGAACUUCCAUUUACACUCCCUGAUGGAGGUUCAUCAAAAUAUUAGUCGUCUUGUUGAUGUAGGACCACAGAAGGGCAGUUUCAUCAAAAUCUUAAUUCCUAUUUCUGUGGCAUUCUCCACCAUCAUCUGUUUGCACUUGUAAGACCUAGGUGUUUCUGCAUGUUUCACUACCACCCCUGGUUCCCAGCGCUUUCCCAUGCCUACCCUGAUCUGCUCGCCUUUUUUCUAAAACUUGUAGCUGUUUGGUGUGCUGAUCAAAAUAGUAUUUUUGCUUCUCCUGGUUCAGCCUUAACUUCUGCUUUACUUUGUUUGGAUCCAGGACUGUGGGUUGCAGUUGAGCUUCAGUCGUGGCAAUAAUUGAUCUGAGUCGUCUACUCAUGAGAACUUGGGCUGGUGAACCGAACUCAUCAAUAGGUGUGUUCCUGUAUUCUAAUAAUCCCAGAUAUGGAUCACGGUUGUCUUUCUUUUCUUUGGUUAGGAGAUUUUUUACCCUUUGAACUGUUUUUUCAACGAGCUCAUUUGGUUGUGGGUAGAGUGUACUGGUGGUAGUGUGUUUGAAUUCCCAAUGUUUUGUGAAUGACUCAAAUUCCUUGGAUGAGUACUGAGGACCAUUGUCGCUGAUUACCUCACAUGGUAUUCCGUGAUACGCAAAAGCAGAUUUGCUGUGGGCGGAGACCGUGUUACUUUUGGUGUCUGGCACUUUGGCUACUUCAGAAAAUCACAAGUGCUAAUCUACAGUAAUGAGGUAUUCUGAUUUAUCCCAGGUGAACAGGUCUGUUGGCUACCUUUUCCCAAGGCUUGCUUGGUAAUUGGGAGGGAGUCAUUGGCUCCUUUGCAUUUUGCUUCUGGUGUUGUUGGCAUAUACUGUGCACCUUGUAAUCUUUUCCUGAAUUUCAGAACCCAUCUUAAGCCAGUAUAACACUUCUCAUGCUCGUUGCUUGGAUUUCUCUAUGACCAUGUGGCCUUGAUGAAUUCUUUCAAACAUUUCCUUUCGCAUUGAGGUGGGGAUAAAAAAUCUUCCACCUCUUAGAAUGACACUGUUCAGUUCGGUCAGUUCAUCUCUUACGUCCCAAAACGUGCAGGUACUCUUCCAGAGACAGGCCUUUGUUUCUGGCCAUCCAUGUUUGAUAAUUUCAGUGAGGUCUUUCAGUGACUCGUCUUUGGUUAUUUCCUUACGUAUUUCUUCAAGUUUGGGUUUGCACAGGCGGCCCAGACGUAGUAUGUGUUACUGAAUGAAUAUAUUAAUAUCCACAUGGACAAAUUAAUGCGAUGAGUCGUCGAAACUCCCAUGGACUAAAAUAGUCUAAAAGUCAAAACAUAACAAAACAAAGCUAAGAUACCUUCAACUGAACGUAUCCUUGUCUUUCCUGGCCGGUUUAAGUGGCAUUUUGUUGAGUUUUGAAAUUGUAGGUACUAUCCACUAAAGAAGAAUUAAAGGCUGGCUACAAAACAAACAGACCAUCUCCACGCGCCUUCACACGAAGCGCUAUAAAUUCGAGAAUAAUCGACGAAUCCGCUCCAAAUAACCAUCGGCUAAUCUGCAGUUAACGUGUGCUCCUGCUUCUGGCACGCUUGCUCCACAAAAUCCAUCGCAACUGCACAAUAAUUGCUCGCUCAUCAACAACCACUGUUGACCUUUACGCUUCGAUAUGACCGCAAACGACCAGGUUUAAUACGCGACGUGAAUAUUCAAGCUUAGCGACCGCGUUCGCGCAACAAUGCAGCACUUGCUAUGGGAGGGAUGGUACUACUGCUUCUAGGUCAAUCGACUGACCGAAGGUUAGCUGCGUUAGUUUUGACCAGAAAACAGAAGGCGAUUGAUGGACCGUCCGUAAGUUUUCAACAGGGCAGCCCUGGUUUUCAAGUUCGAAUUCUUCUAACGUUCGCUGUCACAUUGUUCGUCCAGCCGCUUGCAUAGGUUCUUGACUCUACCAGACUUAUUUGCUUAGAUUAACAACGUCUCACUCCAUAAUAUGUUGUCCAAACUGGUGAAGGAGGACGAGAAUUUUCCGCCCAGGAAAAAGGCAAAAUCUGGCCCCGGCUAUGCAGCUGAAUAGAAGAUACAGCUGAAGAUAUCGUAAAGUAAAAUUUAUGUGCGCGAUAUCUUUUUUUAUUAUUAUUAUUAUUAUUCUCAAAACUCAGGGGCACCCAACGAUGAUUUCCCCCUAAAGGCAUUGAAAACACAUUUAAGGCUGUCCAGAGUACUUUUGAUCGAAAAAUGCAUUCUAAACAGCGCUUACAUAAAUUUAGUCAGGAGGGCUAAAAGCGAAGCUAAUGAUUUAUAGUUUGCUCAUACUAAAUAUAAAAUAUAUCGUGUAAUGCUAAGCGGAGAAGGCAACGAGACAGGGCCACCCAACGACUGUUUCCUCAAAUACUUUCAAUUGAAAACACUUCUGUAGCUAUUCAUAAAGUACUUUUAGCUCUAUAGAAAUGCAUUCUAAGUGGCGCUAUAAAAUUUGCAUCUCAGUGUUCGGCCAUUCUAGAGGAACUUGAGUCUUUUCGAAAUUACGAGGAAUUCAGAAUUAUUUUUCCGAAAAUUUUAGAUGCAAUUUAACGUAUUACGAAGGAGAUAAUUUUUCAGAUACCUUCUUUCAUCACAUUUUUGAAUCCGAAAAUUUUAGGAUUCCAUUUUACUCUCUACGAAAAAUAGCCUAACCCGUUGAGUGAAAUGUGAAAAAUUAAAAGUUGGAUGCCCUUGACCAGAACUGUGAAAAACAACAAUAGGUCUAAUUACAGCACACUUUCUUGUACAUUUCCUUGCCGUUGAUUUGCAUGACUGCGACGUGAAACGUUCAGAAAACUUCCUGGUUUUCACUUUUUAUGGAGAAAAUGUGGUAUAUGUUCUUGUUCACUUUUUCCACUGCCGCUCAUUUUUUUUAGCUCCGCUAUAAGAUUCGUAUCUGUUCGGUGCUCCUUGGGCAAAUUGGAUCUUUUUAAAAAUUACAUGGGCUUCAAUAUUAUUUUCCCGAUUGAUUGACCUGGAAGCAAUAGUACCAUCCCUCCCAUAGCAAGUGCUGCAUUUUUGCGCGAAGGCGGUCGCUAAGCUUGAAUAUUCACGUCGCGUCACGUCGCGUAUUAAACCUGGUCGUUUGCGGUCAUAUCGAAGCGUAAAGGUCAACAGUGGUUGUUGAUGAGCGAGCAAUUAUUGUGCAGUUGCGAUGGGUUUUGUGGAGCAAGCGAGCCAGAAGCAGGAGCACACGUUAACUGCAGAUUAGCCGAUGGUUAUUUGGAGCGGAUUCGUCGAUUAUUCUCGAAUUUAUAGCGCUUCGUGUGAAGGCGCGUGGAGAUGGUCUGUUUGUUUUGUAGCCAGCCUUUAAUUCUUCUUUAGUGGAUAGUACCUACAAUUUCAAAACUCAACAAAAUGCCACUUAAACCGGCCAGGAAAGACAAGGAUACGUUCAGUUGAAGGUAUCUUAGCUUUGUUUUGUUAUGUUUUGACUUUUAGACUAUUUUAGUCCAUGGGAGUUUCGACGACUCAUCGCAUUAAUUUGUCCAUGUGGAUAUUAAUAUAUUCAUUCAGUGACACAUACUACGUCUGGGCCGCCUGUGGGGUUUGGAGACUGGCAGGCUUGACUGUAUCAGAUGAACGUGCAGUGCAAUUUCCUGUUCCAUGUUUUUAAUAUCUGUUGUCUCAGGACAGCAUGGUGCGCAGGACAGCAUCUCUGGGAGUACUAACUCUCUUCCAGGCUUAUAUUCUAGUCUGUAGUCGUACUUUUGCAUUCUCCUCAGAAUUUUUUGUAGUCUGGGCUGUGCUGUCGCUACGGGUAUCUUCACAAUUAUUUCUAGGGGUUUGUGAUCUGAUUCCACGUGCACUUUCUUUCCGUACGUUUAUUCGUUGAAUCGCUCAAGGCUGAACUGAGCUGCCAAGACUUCCUUUUCUACUUGAGCGUAUCUUGAUUUGACCUCGGUUAACGAUCUUGAUGCGUAAGCCGUGGGACAAUUGUCUUGCAGUAUGACUCCGCCAAGACCUGUAGGUGGGGCAUCGUAGCUGACGGUUACUGGUUUUUGUACAUUGAAAAACCUCAGAACGGGACCUCUAUUCUCAGUUAAGACAGUCUUAAUUUCUUGAAAGGCUUUGUCUUGCUCAUGUGACCACUGAAAUUCAAUAUCCUUUCGCAGAAGCACCCUAAUGGGUUCAUUGAGAGAUGCCAGAUUGGGAAUGAAUUUUCCGAGGUAGUUGACUGUACCGAGUAAUCUUUCAACUCCUUUCUUGUCAGUUGGUGCUGGCAUGUCCUUAAUGGCACGAACUUUUCAUCAUCGGGCUUGGUCGCCUCUUGUGUAAGUUUGUGACCAGUAUAGGUCACCUCCUUGACUUUGAAGACACACUUUUUCUCGUUUAGUUUCAAGUUAAUCUUCUUGCAUCGAUUCAGGACUUUCUUUUAACGGCAAUCAUGUUUCAUUUCCGUGCCAGAGUGUACAACAAUGUCAGUUUCAACACCUUCCAGGUCACCAAAGUGUUGACUCAUUCGCUUCUGAAAAACUUCUUGAAAAGAUUGAAUGCCAAAUGUGGUAACUUGUUAGCAAAACCUUCCAAAUGGCGUACUGGACGUGGAAAGAAGUUGACUCCUUUCAUCUAGUGGUAUCUGCCAAUUACCUCGAUUUGCAUCAAACUUGGUAAAUCAUUUUGCGUUUGCCAUGCAGGUUGUGAUAUCUUCAGUGGAGGGUAGCUGAAAAUGUUCCCUUUUUAUGGCCUUGUACAGGUGUCUUGAAUCCAAACAAAUGCGCAAACUACCAUCAGGCUUUUCAACAAAGGCAGUUGAAUUAACCCAGUCAGUGGGUUCUUCGACUUUGCGUAUUACUCCUCGCUUCUUCAUGUCAUCCAACUCUGCUUUCACUCUCUCUUGAAGUGCGGCUGGUAUUUUUCUAGGAGGAUUGAUAACUGUUGAAACGGUUGGAUGUAUUUCAAUGUGGUAAGGUUUCUCUAAACGUCCCAGUCCAUGUGCAUAUUUCUGCUAGAACUCUUUCAAUUCUUGAGAUGUCCUUGUAGUUCGGCUGCUAUCAUCGGUGGUGGUUUCUUCGCUCUCUGUAUUUGCUGUCAUGACAACUUUAAUUAGGCCCAAGUUUUGUGAGGAGCGAAGUCCCAGUAAUCCCGGCUGAGUUGUUUCCACUACAUGGAAUGUUGGCUCUUGUUCAACAUCUGACUUGGAUUUCACGGGUAAUUUUAUGAUUCCUAGAACCUUGAGAUUAUUUUCUGAAUAACUAACCAGUUUUUAGUUGCACAGAUUCUUUUGGGGGUUAUCCCGUUUAAUUCUUCUUGAGUUUCUUAAAUGGCAUUAUGUUCACUUACGAUCCAGUGUCCACUUUAAGUCGCAUGAGAUGUCCCUGUAAUGGUAAAGUCACGUAGCACUCGUCAUUCUGAAUCUGAACUUCUGUAAUGACUGCUCCUACAAACAGUGUAGACUCACAGUCAUUCUCCUCUUCUUCUUCUACCAUUAGCCCUUGGACGUUCUUUUGCGACCAGCACGUGCUCUGGAAAUGAUGCUGUUUCUUGAAAUUAUGACAUGUCUUGCCAUAUGCUGGGCAUUCUCUUACACCAUGUCUUGUGCCACAAUUUCUCCAAUCAAAUAUCUUGCUUGAGCUGGAUCUAUCUUCAUUGGCUGAGGAUGUCCUUCUGAAUGGUGGUUUUUUCUUCGCCACUCCAAUUCCAUGUACGGCUGAGUCGUUUUCCCUGUGGCUUAGUUGUAUCUCUGUUGCCUCUGCAGAUCGAACCAUAUCUUUAGCCUUUUCCAGGGUUAGGUCUGAAAUCCUGAACAAUCCUAUCCCUCUCUUGUCUUAGUGUCACUGAUGCCAAGUACAAUUCUAUCUUUGAUAAGAGAGUUCUUCAAUGUACUGAAUUCACAUGAUUCGCUCAGCUUCCUUAACACAGUAACAUAUUGAUCAAUGGUUUCGCCACUUUUCUAGGCUCUUGAAAAGAACUUGUAUCUCUAGUAACUGACGUUUUUCCUCGGUUCACAGAUUUCCUCAAGUUUCUUUAUUAUUUUAUCAAUCUUUUUGUCAUCACCUUCUGCAUCCCACGGCAGAGUGUUAAAAACAUCAACAGCAUCGUUGGCAAUGACUGUUAGCAGCGUAGCUACUCUGGUUGCACUUUCCUUGGUGGUUGUGCCAGUUGCAAUUUUGUGAUUUGUGUACUUUUGUUUGAACUUCUUCCAGUUUUCUGAGACAUUUCCACCUCGCAGAUCGAGUGGUUUCGGGGAAGGGAGGCCUAAAUGGAACGCCAUUUCUUGUGUAGUCGCGAGAUCGUCUUGAUCUGUAUUUCCGACAUUUCCAUUAGUUGUAUUUCUGUUAUUUAAUUGAGGUCAGGUGUACCUCCGGAGUGUUUCCUCUUUCUUCAGAUAUGUUUGCUUCUUCUAUCUGGCCGAGAUUUCCUGCACCAGUUACAGUUUCCUGGGACAUGUACUUUUCCAAAUCGCCGAUGCCAAUAGCCGGAUUUUGCGUUCUGUCUUCGUUCCACAACUUCACUCUACCGUCGCAGAAUUUACUUCUCGUGCGUCACUCCUGACACCAUGUAAUAAUCUUUACUAAACAACUAGGAUGGUUGAGGAUUCAAAACAGAAUUAAUCUCCAGAACAGAACUACACAACAUGGCCGAAACUCACUCAUUAAUAACUUUGUGCGCAUGCCUAGGAAAAUACCGCUGAUCAUUACUUGAAGAACAAUAAUAAACUAAAGUGCGGCAGAAUUUAUGCCUUGUAUAGCUUUAAGCAAUGUAUCCUUAGAGAUGAUGUUGCGUAACCGUUAACAUAAACAGUACAUUAAAUUGAUUAGUAAUUUUUCUUGCCAACAGUAUUCUAUCAAAGUUAGUCUAACACUGUUCUAUAUUCAUUCCGAACAUACAGUGUGUACUCUCAUUUCAUUGGAAAAGAAAACUGGUGGUCAGUAUGACCAGUAACUAACGUCUAGUGUUUCUUUGCGUCCACGAUCAUGCCAUUUUGGCUGUACCUUGGGUUUGCCUUUUCCACGUCAUUACUAAUGUACCUGUCUAGAACAAGUGGGUCCACAUCAGAGUGGUAGUAGAUCUGGUGAUCAUGUCGGCGUAAGCGUUCAAAAUAGUUUGCUUAACGUGGAAAAAUAAAUCGUUUAUAUGAGUAAAAAGGUCUCAAGUGACUUUAAGCGUCUUCUUUUGCCGGUCCUGGGUUACUACUGAUGUCCCUUGAAAGCUUGAGAAGUUCAAAGAAUUGAGUUAUAGCUGUGGAAUUGCGACAGUAAACAAUUCUCCGCCCGAAGAACGCUUUUGCUCUUGGUGUUUUAUUUGAAUGCAAUUCCAUUUUCGAUGGAUACACACAAUGACAUAGUAUAUACCAUUUCAGUUCGGAAAUAGUUAAAACAGAUUCCCAGUGAUUUGUGUUAGCUAAAAUUGGCUCCUAGAGCCUAAACUGCCGAGAAAAUAUGCGAGUAUGUAGUAGAGCGCCAAGAACGCGCGUCCGUCCAUGUCGACGCGCUUUGCCUCGAAACUAGGCACGGUCAUACGUCACAGUCUAAACUAAAAACCUUACCACAUACUUUCCAUGCCAAGAGGGAUGGGUGGCCCGGGGUAAAAACAGCGAGAACUGCCCAGAAGCGCGUAAAAGAACGCAGAAUGACUUUACAUUUGAACCCGAGCUGUAAAAUUCAACGCUCCUGCACAAACCCCCGGCCAUCUCCUUUCUUUUUACCACGUUAAAUGCCAUGGGCGGUUUCUUUCUUCUUUUUGCCGUAUUUGUCGUAGUCCAAUUUUAUUCAUGAUUGGUUCAAAUUUUAUAUUCCUUUGUUUUGGGGUAUGGUAAUUUAUGAUAAUGGUUUCAAUCUAAGGAAAAUAAAUUCUGAACCAACGAUAAAGUUGAACCACAACAUAUUCAUGGAUAUUCCCCAUGGUAAGUUUAUCUCGCGAAAGGGCGGUCACACGCACCAAACCGAUUUCGCACGGUAAAAAAGUCAUUUUCCACGUUGAAAGUGUCUCGUGUAACCGCACCUGUUGUAUCGUGUUUAACUUAGCCUAAAUUACUUUUAGCCCCAUGAAAAAUACUACCCAGCCAAGAAAGAAGUCACGAACUUUGUACACACUGAUUUAUGCAAUGGUCGUAUUUUUUUCUUAGUAAUGUUACUUGUGCUGUGAUAUAGCGGUUUACAGGCAUACAGGGGAUAGGCAUCUUUGUCGUUCCUCCCCCUCGGUUCCGAGAUCAUUUCGUAGUCAUAAACAAAGGUGCUCUACAAUUCUGAGUACAGAGUGGCUUAUAAUCCCAAUUACGUUUUUGUUGAAUUUGAUGCAGCACACUGUGGUAAAAAAACGAUGCAUAGUCAUUGCAAUACAUUGAAAUGUAUGUAACAGGAGUUUAAGUCACAACUGCGGAAGGAUAUUUCAAAUAAGUCCCUCGAUUUCAGAGCAAGGUUUGGAGGAAGAAUGGCACGAUUGCCUAUCGGCUUGGUUUUCCUGAUUAUAGAAGGCACUAAUUUGUCCCGAAAAUUUGAAUUGACGGCUUGUUCUGGCUAAGAGCAAUUCGUUUUUGAAAUUAAAGAAAAAAUUCACAACUGAAUUGUGAUUGAAUUCCUAUUCAACGAUUUGUCAUACUUAUUUUGUCAAUAAAAGCUGAUACGAGAAAUUUCACUCUCAACAAUCAGCAAAAUUUUUAACUUGGCGCGAGUUUCUUUGAAAAGUAGGGCCCACUUAAUCGCUAACUUCGUCCAAAAUUAUUUACCACUAGUACUAUCGGAUUGUUUCACGUUAUUAUUGCUAAAUAAUAGAUGAAGAUCUUCUCAAAGUUUCGUAGCCGUCGCAUUAAAAACGAGCCAACUGUGCAGCCACCUUAAAGGGCUCGGGACUGCGAAAAAAUGUUAGAGCGUCAUAAUAGAGUGUUGGUUAACCGUCAACGUCAAACGGUGAAAAACGUAGCCGCCGGGAGAACCGUCAAGGAAAGAAGUGUUUUAGUGUACAAACGCACCAAGAAUUUGGGUUCCAUUACCCAACGGUGGAGCCACCUUAAAGGGUUCUGGACUGCGAAAAAACAUUUGAGAACGUCUUAAUGGGAUGUCGGUUAACCGUCAACGUCAAACGGCGAAAAACAACCUCCAGGAGAACCGUCAAGGAAAGAAGUUUUUUAGUAUUUUGCAGCUCUAAUGUGUUAAAAACACGCCAACUAUAACUGAAAUACACACUUGAGUCAUGUUUUUGUCCCUUUUUACAACGUUUUAAUUCUUAGCACAGACUUGCAUACAAUUCUCUCGUGGUAUCUAUUUGACGGUAAUAAGUUAAUCAUUAAAAACACUUUUACUGGUAGUUUUUGCCGCUGACAAUACAUAUACUAGCCGAACCCUAGCAUGUUACACAUUAACAACUGUGACUAAGAACUUGCCAUGUUUGUCACAGCAUCGAAACAUUCCUUUGUCACAUCCACCAGCACAGUUAUCUAUUGACCACUUGUUGUUUCUCCAUGCGAUGGCAAUUGUAUGUUGGUGACCAGCUCCAGUUGUGGUGAUAACGUUGUCAAUACGCUGUCCUUUUUUAGCAAGCUCCACCUCCUCUGGUGUCAAAGUGACUUCGUGGGUGUGUGGUCCUGGUGGUGUUGCUGCUGCAUCCUCCAUCUUCAGCGUCAGGGAUCUCUUUGCAGGUUCCGUAGGUGGAACAUUACCGUUUCCCAUCAGUGGUUCCCUAUACAUGUAGCUGUAAGUAUUGGAUUUCAUCAGGAUAUCUUUAGUCGCCUCAAGUUCCUUCCAAACAGCACUUCCUUCUCCAUGAACAGGCAUAAUUGGAUAUCGCUGUCGACAGAUCCCUACGCCGCUAAUGAGUGGAAGAAAGAUGCGUGUUCCGCUGGCGCGGGUGAUCCUAACAUCAAUUCCAUUCCGAUCCAAAACUCCAACGCUAUUCUUGGUGGUGUCUGCAGUGUCGCUGCUAACCUCCUUUCCUGAAAAGAAGGCCGAUGGAGUUAGAUAGUACUUCUUGCUAUUGGUACCAUUGUAGGCCCUUUCUGGAGUUCUUCCUCCAUAGCGACCACCAAGAUACACGGUCUUUCCGUAGGGCGUCUUCUCAUCUCCUUUGUACUCGAGGUCAAACGGGUUCCAUUUGUUUAGGGGUGUCAUAUAUAUUAUUUCGAGUGGAAUGGCAUACGAAAACUUCUGAGAAACUGUCUUGCACCGAGGCCAGCGUUUUGAACCCUUGCAGGUCUUGAGUGUCAUACCAGCCACUUUAGGCUGGGUGGUCAUGGCCAUGAACAGGUUUUCAUCGACAUAGCCGCGACGCCUUAAGGAUUCGCCCAUAGCGUCUUUUUCCAAAACCUUGAACCAGCGAUGGUAGUAACCGGCAUUUAUUUUUCCGCUCUUUUUUGGGUCAAUGGUGUGAGCUGGCAGGUCAAAUGCUUCAUCCGUUAGAUUAGCUUGAUAGUUGUCUUUUCCAGGAAUCUCGCUCAUCAGCUCAUCUAGCAGUGUGAACCUGGGAUUGUUGUAUUUUUCGGUCCACGUGUCUGAGUCUUGAGGGUUGAGUUGGAAUCUUGCUGCACGGAAAUUUUUCUGUUCCUCGUAUUUUCUUCGUGCAGGAAGCCUUGCGUGGAACUCGUCAACCACACGAAAUCUAUUCAAGGGAAUGUCACGGCUCACUGGGUGGCACAAAAUGCGGUAAUUCCACUGUGCAAAGACAGGAAUCGUUUCGUUUAUAAUGUCAAUGAUGGUGGUCGGAAGGAAGGAGAAGUUUUCGAGAUUGUCCUUCCUGCCAGUGUAAGAUGUAAAGCGAAUUUUUUCUUGUAGGUCGAACCAUGUUUGGGCAUCAAUAAAAUGUCUGUCACUUUCAAACGGCUCGUCGAUGGCUUUUGUUGCUGUGGUCCAGGCGCCCUCUAGAAAGCACAGUACAGGCUUGAAAUACUUCCUGUAAUCUCUAACUGUGUGAUUUUGUGAUUUCCAUGCCCUGAACCAUUCGCGCAUCUCCACGAUUUGUUCAUCCACGGUAGACUUGUUUUUCACCUCUGGUGGUACUUCUGGAAAAGGAAUUGGUUCCGUUGCGUGGUAUUCUUUGCUGGUUUGGCUUGACAUGUAGAGUCGGUAGUCGUUGUGUCUUGUCCUAAAUUCUACCCCAUUAAGGACGCCAAUGAACUCCCCCAGGCCCACCGUGCGGAUGUUGUUUGCGUGUUCAUGAAUAGCCAAGAGUCUUCUAGAGUUGCCGUGGGUAUCUGAAAAGUAGUUACGUGUUCCAGUGUUACUGAGGCGCACUUGCUUCACACCCGAAUCACCAUCAGAUCUGAUGCGUUCUUCAACAAACAUCUGCUGCAGCAUGACUUGUCGGGACAGGGCCCCGAUAAUUUGGCGCAGUGACUGCAUUUCUGCUGAAAGCUUUUGGUCAGCAUUUUCAAAAGCAUCUGUUAUUCCUCCUAGGAACUCGCCUCUGAUUGCACCAGCUGUAAGCACAAUCCAAAGAGACAGAACUUGGAUGACUGUAGCCAUUUCUUUAAAGGAAGAGAUAGAGAAAAAAUGUUAGCUCUGAAUUGAAGAAGGCUUAAUUAAUGAAAUGGAGGGACCGCAGCCCUCUCUGAGAAUAGUUGUGAGUAAUUUUUCCCUUUGUCGUGAACCCUAGCAUUGACUAUCAAAUAGUCGGCAAACUGCCAGUCCGCUAUCAUUAAACGGGCUCCGACAGGAGCCAAGAGCGUUACUUAUUGUAUGGCUUAUUUCGCGAGCAGGCAAGAUGAAGCCAAUCUUGCUCUCUGAUCGGCUAGCCGAGCGGGUAAGAUAAGACAUUCUUAAUAGCCUCUUAGCAUUUCCUGCUUUGUACCCGCAAAGAAAAAAUAUUUUAUCAGGCAUGUAAUAAAUUCUUUAUUGACCAAACUUGUUUUGUCAAGAUUGCUGGACAUUGUCCUCGUUCUCUUCUCACGUUUUUGCUGACCUUGGCCUUAGACGGGUUAAGCAUCACGUUUACGUCAAACGGCAAACGCGAAUUUGUACCACGUGACCAAGUUUCCCUUUAACUUGUCGUUUACUGUUUACUAUUUCCACAGAUAAAUUAGUAGUUGCACCUAAUUUUUUUAUCCAUAAGAAUUGUUUUGAGCUGUUUUUAUUUGCUCAUUUUCUAUUUUGAGAAAUUCGCAACUUGAAUAUGACGUUUGCCAUUUACGUGAAGUUUAACUCUCUCUUGUCUCGUAACAAAAAUGCCAUAAAAUAACAUGGCGAGUAUCCAGCCAUCUCGGCCUCACGCUUGGUCAAUAACGCGCAUAAACAAAUAUGCUUAUAAAUGCCUCUUUUCCAUCUGCCUUUAAAAAGCCAAAUGGUCAAGUGAAAUAAAGAAGAGGAAACCGUCCUCGGUUCAAACGGAUAAAUACUCGUAAAAGAUCUAUUAUCAUGGACAUACAAUGUUACCUACAGUUAUUUACAUUUGAAACCUUUUUCAGCUUUCUAUUGAAGAGAAGAUAAGGGGAAAUUAACACACUUGAAAAAUAAGCAUAUUAACAGCGCAAAAAAGUUACACGAAAAGAUAUUUUUUUCUCUCGCAGGAGAUUAGUAAAGCUUAUGAUUUAAUGAACCUUAUAAUCCUUCUUGUAGAAAAGGUAACUGUAAUAGUCGAUCAAAUUAUUCGCGAAAGUUAUUGCGAAACAAUCAUCCUUUGUUCAAAAAUAUCAAACGUGGUAUAUGGCACGUGAGAUUUGUCUCGUCCGUUCAAAGCCGCUUUUUACAGCUAAUUUUAUGUCGUGCGAAAACUGCAAAUGUUUGCUAAAUGAACCGGUUUGGGCGCAUAAUGAUGUUAAGUCCGUGGACAUUAUUUUGACAAUAUCCUCCUUUUUCAUCAAUUAGCUUCAGUUGUAAGAAGGCCUUACUACUGUCAGAGUUUCAGAAACGAAUAAUCGUUUAGCCAAACUUUCCUUGCCAUUUCUUUUUAUAAUAUAUUGGUUUUGCGCUUUUGAUCACCUAGCAUGUUAAAAAGCGCACUAUAAAUGAAUAAAUUAUUAUUAUUAUUGGUGUUUAGAGAAGUUACAGGUAGUAGAACAGAUCGAUCGCGUCGGGACCUCGAGUGUGUCCCUUCACCUGUAAUACAGAUUAUGAUUGUUUAGUAAAACACUUGAUUACCGAAACAAAUGCUGUUCAAUUUUAGAAUGGUUUAGUCAGUGUGAUCAGCAUGGUUUUCAAGCCCAAAAAUACUAAUCGUAAUUUUUAGGAGGCCGUACAUUGCAUCUUGGUGUCUCGUUAAAGAUGUAUCUUUUAUACAUCUUUUUGUAAAAUAUGCUUGCCUAAGAACUGCAUCUGUUGAAAAAAUUAGCUGCUUUUUUGAUCUAUGCCUGCAACCAAAACCAAAAAUCGAACCAUUGUUCUCUCUUCCUAUAAGAACAGAUCACAUUUUGCCCGUUUUAAAGCACAUUGUUUCGCUUCCAGAUAAAGGAAAAACAGAACUUUUCAAAAUGUGUAUUCUCACUGUCCCAGGCUAUCUCAGUUCAAGAUUCGGGAGAAGUAGCGGGGGGGGGGAGGGGAUCUUUGCGGUAUUCUUUUUUAACUCUUACCCUGUUUUUUACUCAAGUAUGUGAUUGCCCCCUCCCCGCCUGCUUCAAACCAACUGCCAUUACCAGAUUCCAGACCUUACCCUUUAGUGCUGCUCCUACCUAGCUGUCAAGCUUUUAAGUACUCUCCCCCAAGAGUGUGUGUGCGUUGUGGGGGAAGACAACCUGCCUGUCUCUGAAGAAAAGGAACUGAACCUUGACUCAAUCUCUGUCUCUGUUAUCUUUAGUGUUGAAUACAUUGAGAAUGUUUCCAAAAAUCGUUCCAAGCAUCCUAUCAGUACUGAUAAUAGUGAGUGAAAAUUUGUCGGUAUUUUACAUUUUUUUUUCGUUUAAUGCUUAUUUUACUGAAGUUCAUGUUCUGUGUAAUUGUACUAGUCUAUGUCAAUAUCCCCAAAUAUUGAGUUUAAAAAGAAAACCGCAUUGCUAAGAAGUCUAACAAAAAUCUAAGUGAUUUAUUAAGUAGCAGAGUAAAGGUACGCUAUCGAAAAACUAUUAUGAAUGGGCUGGUAUAUGGUCGUAAAAACAACUUCUCAUAGGCUGUUUUUAAGCAAAUACCUUGCCAAACGGCGUUGUCUCUUGCCGAUAAUACGAAAAAUAUAAUACAGUCAACUAUUGUGUUCGUUAGUUUCCUUUUUUGGUUUCUUUUUCUCCGUUUCUUUGCGUUAUGUAAAUCUUUUCAAAACAAUUGUUGAUUUUUGUCAUAUGAAAAACAUUUUACAGGACUGCGCUCAUACAAGGAUUAACAAUCCUUUCCUUUCAAGUCCUUCUCAGACUUGACAUCAAUCCUUUGCUAAGGUCUGAAUCUUUCACAGGGCAAAUUGGUAAUUGAAAUUCUUACAGGAAGGCAUACUUUGAAAGUAUUAAGUGAGUAGGUUUCUUUUGAUGUUAAAUCAGUUAUAACAAUCCGUGAUGUACUGCACGCUAGCCUCUUCUUUUGGCUCGUUGCUUGUAGCACGCCUCGAUGAUUUAAUUUACCCCGAUGGAUAUCUUUCUCUCAACUUAACAUAGCAACAGUUUGUAUGGCAAUAAACUGUAUGUCGAUAAUGUUGCUGUGUUAUUCUAAUGUAAAAAGUCGGUUCAUUUAACCAGGAAUCAAAGACGCAAAAGUAAUAAUCGUUUGCCUUUCAUUGGUCUUUGUUCGCUAAGGGAAAGAGUUGAAUGUACGCAUGAACUAGUUAGGAGUAUAUUCAGUAUCCUGGAGUGUUUUUGUGUCCAAUUGGCUUUCACGUCUUUCCAUCACCUUGAAAUCUUUUAAGGUGUUUUACUUUGUUUCCUAUUUUAAACAUACAGGGUCGUUUAUUUAAGUGAAGUCCAACUUAGACCGCGGCUUAGGAAACCUUUGGACUUCGAUAUCUCGUCCAUAGUGGAUUAUUUUGAUGAGACAAAUGCUUUUCUAAUCUACGCCAUAUGUUUUCAUGAAACUAUUCACGAUAAAUGGUGUUUAUAUAAAAGCGUUCAGCAAGACUGAAAACGGCUAAGAACGCGGUUUUGUUAAACACUGGCUAAACUCCGUUUAAAUAACUGGCUCAAAGAAUUUUUGUUAUUGUUAAAAAUCAUGAUAAAAGUAUUAUCGGUCCUAAGAUUCUCAAACAUUUAAAAAAGCAGCUAUAGGGAGUUCCAACAGUCCAACCCAAUUAAGGCAUUUUAAGGUGGAAUGAUAUCUCGGCUGCAUUUAAAAAGAAAACUUAAGGCCAGUUGUUGAAACGAAGUUUAGCCCUUUUUUAAAAAACCGCGUUCUGGGCCAUUUUCAGUUUGCCCAACGCUUUUAUGUAACAUCAUUUAUCGUGAAAAAUUUCAAUAGAACAUGUAGUGUAGAGUGGAAAAGCACUUAUUUUCUUAAAUUAACCCACUAAGAAAGAGAUCUGGAGGUCCAAUAAUUCCUUAACCUGCGACUUCGUUUAAAUAACCGACCCUAAAAUAUCUCAAAGCAACCAAGUCAUUUGACCGUAGGGGUGUCUAUUUUAAAUUAUUCUUUGUUUGCUUUUUAUUUUAAAUCGCCCAAGGACCGACGGAAUUGGUCCAGAUGAUGCAUGGUUUUUGGGGUGUUUGCCAUGUGCCUAGUUAGUUAAUCGGAUCAUGCCAAUACCAGUCUAAAACCUACAAAAAACUGGAGAGGAACCUUGCCUUAAAUUUCUGUUAUAAGCGAUGUAAUGUAAUGGCAUCAUUGAACUGUCUGCUGAAAGUUAACUUGUUAAAAAAACUAGUCGCUGUAAAUUUCCUCAACUCAGUGCAUAAGUUAUGAUUUUUUACCUGCCGUAGAGUUAAAAUGUGAUCCCUGCGAUAUACUGUCCUGUCAACUAAGCCGCUCUUGGGAGAUACUUGCUAUCUCUCAAUAAGAGACAAAGUGUUUCAGUUAUUCUGUUGAAGAACCUUAUAUCAUGAUAAAAGUCUGACGUCACAACCAAAACAAAGGGCUGACGAGUGCCUAUAUGCACGACAGUAGGACUCAAUGCUAGACAGAUUGCUGCCGAAAUACUCAUCUGAUAUUCGAUCAUUUUGAUUUUUUCACAUGAUAGUCAACUCCUCUCGCAGACUGCUAGUUUUUACAUAUUUUAGUACAACGAAUUAUUUAGCCUUACAAUGAAGUGUUAGUCUACAUGCUUUUUCGGCCAAAUGUAGUGAAUCGAAGCGUGUCUCAGAAAAAAAGCGUGACUCCGUUCUUAUUAAUAUAAUCUCUUCACUCCUUCACCCCUGAGUCGCCCGAAUCCAUCCGUGCGGAUCCUUGUGCCGGCUACCGCUUAUGAAGUCAUAGACAACUUUGACACCUAACUUGUGCAAGGGAAAGAGUUCCUUUAAAAUGGACUAUUUGCAAAUGAGCACGAUUUAAAAAAGGCCAGGGAAAAAUCGCAGGGAAACAUGAAUUUGUACAACGCGACCAAGUUCUCCCUUUAUUGCAGUUUACUGUUUAUUUUUUGUACAAAGAAGAUAAGUGGUUUCACGUUAGUUUUACCCUUAAGAAUUAUUUUUGAUUUUUUUUUAUCUGCUUGUUUUCUAUUUUGAGAAUUUCUCAACUUCCGUUUGCCGUAAGCCGGACUCUAAAUCGCCCUAAUUUUCUAUUGUGUGUCACUUGUACACUUCACCCAGACCUGAAAAGUGUUUGUUUUUAACAUUUUUUUGGCGGUGGACAGGAGGAGCAUUAGAGACGUCUGAACUAUUGAAAAAGUGGCUCUUGGGGAUAUAAUUUGCUUAUUUGAUGUGUUUUCAAUGUAAGAGGAAAGUUUUCAAUAACUGUCCCAAGCAUUUUUGGCCUCCGCUGUAGAUUAAAGAAAGUGCAUUCCUAGGGAAACGCAGUAGAGCAGCAGGGUUUUGAGGCUGAUUAAAUUUGGGAGAGUGGAGCGAGUGUUUUUAGUUUUGUAAUACGAAAUGAAAAGAGAUCACAAAAUUAUUUUACAGGUGUCGAGGAAAAAAAGAAACCCUUCCUGAAUUAUUUAGUUGGGAAUUACAUUAUGUGUGCAGUAAGUUUAUUUUUAAAGCUUCAGUCACACAGAAUAUGGAGUCAGUGUCAAAUAACUAAAAAAAAACAUCGUUUUUAUUUGUUUCAUAGUACCAAAAGCCUGCCCUCAUUCUACAACAGGAAAAGCUAAUUCGACAGGAACUGGCCAAGAUGAAAUCAAGCAGGGAUGGAGAUGUUGAAUGCAAACCCAGUUGACAAGAGUUAACCGUCCGAUUAUCUGUAAGUUUUCUUAUGUACAUUUGUUGAAGAAUCCAUGGAGUUGCUACUUGUCUUAUGUGCAGUGAGUGGUGGUAUUUCAGAGCACAGGUUCUAUCAGUCUGAUCGCGUUAUUAAAUCGUCCAUAGUUAAACGUUGCUUGUGCAAUAGACGAUUUUAUGAAAAGGAAUGUCGUCAAAGUAAUGCCGAGUAGAAUGCAUUACUUAUACAAAAACGGAAAGGAAGACUAACUCAGACUGCUGAAAGCUGACAGCUUGAAAAUCUUGAGUGGAGUUUAUACUACUGCGCAAUAUGGAAUAUUCUUCGUAGCUACUAUACAUGGCUGAAAAGCCACCUUCCAGUUGAGGAAAUUUUGAUUGACAACUGGAGGGAGAUCAUUUAAACUUCUACGUAUUCUUUGUGCGCUUCGUGCAACAUGUGGGUAUCUCAGAUCUGUCUCUAAUGUUGGAGACUAACUUAGCUGGCUUCCUGUUUUGUCGUAGUGACUCUUAUUCGUCGAUGGUUAUCUGAGAUAGAGACCUUUGGUGUAAUUCACACAGACUUGUGCUUGUCAAUAGGCUAUUUCAAACUCGUAGAAAGUAUCGGACGAACGGAGAUGUAACAUGCUGCCACUUGCGGAAAAGUGGUUUUCUGGGGAGAGCGUUUCUGAAUCAUA